ACACAUUGCCACUUCAACACUGUGGAUCCUGUCUGGCAGCUGGACGGUACUGAAGUUGUCUUAAGUCGAAAGUUUGUACUUUUUGAAUAUCUUUUGGUGUAAAAAGAAACACCACCAUGGCGGAACUACGUUUCGUGAUCUCCAUGUCCGUGGUGACCCUGUUUUGGGGCAUUAUUGGAGGAGUGGUGCCCUGGUUCAUCCCCAAAGGACCAAACAGAGGAGUGAUAGUCACAAUGCUGGUAUUGACUGCAGUAUGCUGCUACCUGUUCUGGCUGAUAGCAAUGCUCGCCCAGCUGAAUCCACUCUUUGGGCCUACUCUGUCCUCUGACACCAUCUGGUACCUGAACUAUCACUGGCCUUAAUCUACCUUUCUAGGACUCCUGACCAUGCAGGGAAGGAAUUGAUACUGCUGCAUACCAAUGGACGUCUGCUUCUCACUUCACGCAGAGAUCAUUCCUUCUGAAUCGCCUUAAAGUCAGGUCUCUGUGUGAUUACUGAGUGAUGCCCACACUGGUGCCUUGUACAAAAAUGAUUUCCAAAGGACUUCUGAGAGAUCUCACCGAAUGUGCUUUACUUUAAAUUAAAGCAACCUCCACUUGGUGUUGUUUGGCUUACGCGUUAUGUAUAUUGUGUUUAUUGCUGUUGUUAAUAUGAAUGACCGUGCAUAUAAAUAGUUCAUGUGUGUUGUGUUUGAUGCCGUCUCUUUUUUGUCUGAUGAUAUCAGUGAUGGAUGUAAUCCAUUCCAUAGAUGUUAAUUAAUAAACUAAUAAUCAGUA